AUGGCUGGGAACGAGGUCAAGAGAAGGAAGACUCAUCGACACCAACAUGGUGACACUGAAAUGCCAAAAUCCCGCAAGACGGCCGAGAAUGACAGUGUCACACCAAAAUCGCCCGCUACCGUUAAUAGCCCCGUUGACAUCGAUACCCUUAGAAACGCUAGACUCGCAUAUUUAACCAAAUCUCCCGAGGAAAGACAAAAAGGAAAAGACAUGAAAUACGAGUAUUGGAAACGGCAAAAGACGUCGCAGGGGGAUGAAGAGAAGGAGAGGCGACACAAGGCUGCACGGGUGCAAGUUUCUGUGCGAGAUGAUCGUCGACCCGAGCGCCGCUCCAACACACGCUCAGACGAUAAUCGAAGAGGCGCAGUCCAACAUGACAGCGAAGACGACUACGUAUAUUCCAAGUCCGUACGAGUAUCAGGCGCAGGCGCAACGCAGACGGAACCACUUCGCACCCAGAGAACAAAUCCCCAAGGACAAAAUCCCAGAAAGAAAGAAGCGACGCGCCGACCAUCGGAGCGACGAUCCACGGAGCCAUCAAGAAGGAAGGAAGUCUAUGUCUUUGACGAACCCCUCUGCGCAGUAGACGAGCCCCAGCCACUACCGCGUCAAACCUCGGGUUUGGUCGAGAAACCACAAAAGCCCGAAAUCAAGAGAAACGCUACAACUUCAAAGCCCAAGGCUGAAGUGGGUGUUGCAAAAUCUUCAGACGGCCCAGGAACGCCCAAGAAAGGACCAAGUCUGUUGAGCGGACUUCUGCCACCCAAACCUACGACACAAAGAAAAGUCUCCUGUCUCACGUGUGGCGACGAUGAGAUCCCGGUGGCUCAAUCUGCCCUACUGCCCUGCAAACAUCGCAUGUGCAAUUCAUGCCUUAAGCGAGUUUUUACCAUGUCUGUUAAGGAUCCUGCGCACAUGCCCCCUCGCUGUUGUACCGAUCAACACAUUGCACUCAAGCACGUCGAGAAAUUGUUCGAUGACAAGUUCAAGGUGCUAUGGAACCGCAAGUUUCAAGAAUACAAAACCAAAAACCGAAUAUAUUGCCCCGGCCGAAAAUGUGGCGCUUGGAUCAAACCGCACUAUAUCACGAUAGAGAAUGGGCGUAAAGUGGGACGGUGCAAACAAUGCAAAACAAAGGUCUGUCCGAUGUGUUCUCAGAAGAUGCACACUACACGUGAAUGUCCUAAGGACCCGGAAACGAAAGCUUUCAUCGAAACAGCGAAGGAGAAGGGCUGGCAAAGGUGCUAUAGCUGUCACGCCAUGGUUGAGCUGAAGGAAGGCUGCAAUCACAUGACAUGUCGCUGCACCGCCGAGUUCUGUAUGGUGUGCGGUCUGAAGUGGAAAUCUUGUGACUGUCCCUGGUUCAACUACGAAGCUAUUGAUGCGCACUUGGGUGAUCCUCUGCGGUAUCAACAAGAAAUGGACAGGCGUCGGGACCAGGUUAACCGCGACGAGGAGCUAGCUCGACGCAUGCAGCAAAUGGGGGUCGGCGAUGACGGCGACGGCCAAGCUCCGCGCAUGUUUGGACUGGGGAAUGGAGCGAACCACCACAUGAACCAGGACUUCAUCCAGCGAGCGCGUGAAGCAUUAGCGGCGAAUUAUGCGAAUGCAGGGCAAGCGGCCAUGGGUCUUUUGAAUGGUUACGUCAGGGGUCGAGAAAAUCCGUUGCCUGGCAUGCCCAUGGAGAUGCAGCAGAUGCUGGAAAUGCUCGGCCAAGGAGGAGGCAACCUGCAGGACCCAGCCGAGGGUGAAAACCUAGGUCGAGGGAUAGGACGACGAGCGACAAAUAGACGACGACGGGCUGGGCUCGACGAGGCGGGAAGACUCCCUGGCUAA